AUGUACUGGAAAAACUCUGAGAAUUCCAGGUACCUCAGAUCAAUUGCUCGGUUUGAUCAGUUUGACACUAUUGACUGGAUAAAUGAGACACUCAAGUCCAACCAGCAUCGUUUUUCAUCCUGGAUCAUCGAUUGGCUCUGCUUAGCAUCAAUCGGAGUUUUCGUUGGAAUUAUCGCUGGGUGUCUAAAUAUCAUUACGGAAUGGCUGACCUCUAUCAAGAACGGGUAUUGCUCUACUGCGUGGUAUUUGAAUAGGGAGUUUUGUUGUAUGGGACUUUCACAUGACGACUGCCCAUUCUGGAACCCUUGGCCAGCAAGCUAUCUGCUCUACAUUGGAUGGAGUGUACUUUUUGCCUCAAUUGGUGCAAUCUUGGUCAAGACUUACUCUAAGACAGCAGCUGGUUCAGGGAUAUCGGAAAUCAAGAUCAUUGUUAGUGGGUUCGAUUUCAAGGCAUUUCUCAAUCAAGCUACACUUUUCAUCAAAUCAUUGACGUUACCCUUGGUCAUCGCCUCUGGACUGAGUGUUGGUAAGGAAGGACCUAGUGUUCACUAUGCUGCCUGUGUAGGUAGUGUGGUUCCUAGUGUUUUAUUUUCCAAAUAUUUCAAUGGUUUGGCCUUCAAUAGGAGACAUUUCAUCACUGCUGCCACGGCUGCGGGAGUAGGUGUGGCCUUCGGUUCUCCAAUUGGAGGCGUAUUGUUUGCCAUAGAAGAGAUUUCCAACUUCCCAUUAUUGUCCACUUUUUGGAAAUGCUAUUUCUGCGCUUUAUGUGCGACUGCAACGUUGGCUUCAAUUGACCCCUUUCGGAACGGUCAGCUGGUUUUGUUCCAAAUUACCUACAACCAAACUUGGUACUCUUUUGAGAUUCCUGUCUUUAUGCUGCUGGGACUAUUUGGUGGUCUCUAUGGUAUUGUGGUUUCAAAAUUGAAUAUCAAAGUAGUCCAUUUCAGAAACCGCUUUUUGAUUCCACACGCAAUAAAAGAGGUUGUCUACUUGACUUUACUGACGAGCCUCAUCUGCUAUAACAACGUUUUUCUGAAAGAUGAAAUGACAAAAACUAUGCAGUUGUUGUUCAAAGAAUGCUCUCCUGACUCACAUUCUCUCCUUUGCACCAAUGACAACAGUCACAAAUCAUGGUUGGUAUUAUCAUUGCUCGUUGCUACUUUGAUUCGAUCGGUAUUGGUGAUUAUUUCAUAUGGAUGCAAAGUUCCUGCAGGAAUAUUUGUGCCCUCAAUGGCGGUGGGUGCAACUUUUGGUCGAUCCGUGGGUUUAAUAAUGGAGAUACUCUAUGCCAGUAGAGAAACAUCUUGGUUGUUUGCAUCGUGUCCUAAAGACGGUUCAUCAUGUAUUACUGGAGGGUCCUAUGCUUUAAUCGGUGCAGCUUCCGCACUGAGCGGAAUCACUCAUCUGACAGUUACUGUAGUCAUUGUAAUGUUCGAACUUACGGGAGCUGUCAACUACAUCAUCCCUAUCAUGAUUGCGAUUGCGGUGACUAAAACCAUAAAUGACCGAUAUGGUGCUGGAGGUAUUGCUGAUCAAAUGAUAAAAUUCAACGGGAUGCCAUUUAUAGAUUCCAAGGAAGAGCAUGAGUUUUUCCAGGACAACGCUACCCAUAAAGCUAUGACCCUUGAAACAGUUUACUUCCCUCUUAGACUUUCCUACCACGAUCUGGAGGUUAUUUUAGCGGACACAGACUAUAAAGCCUACCCUGUGUUAGACCAAGAAGGUUUCUGCUCAGGGCUGGUCCAACGAGAGCAGCUAGUUGCCGAGAUUGGAAGGCUCAAAGGGCAAGAUCGGUUGCAGUUGGAAACAAUGUGCAUGUUCUCUGAAGACUCAUCUACAAACCCUUUUAUAGAAGAUUUACAGGACUCAGAAACAUGUUAUUUGGAUCAUCUAAUCAAGCGGGAUCCCGUUUCUGUCAUGACAUCAACUCCCUUGGAGAUCAGUUUAGAUAUCUUUGUCAAACUGGGGCCAAGGCUAAUACUGGUGAAGAAUAGUGGGGGUAAGCUAGCGGGACUUCUCUCCAGAAAAGAUAUCAUAAAAUAUGAAAACUACUUGCAUUCUACUACACAUUCCAUAGAUGAAAACGAACAGAUUUUACUUGACGAAGAACAGAAUUAUAUCGAAGACAGAGUUUGGAGUUUCUUCUGUUUGAUUGGAUCCAAAUUUCCCAAGAUAGGACGAAAAGAAUAUGAACCGCUUGAAACUCCUAAUACACGCUGA